AUGAGGAUCCAGGAGGAAACAACACCGCCACAGGACUCCUCCAUUACCGCGAGAGGCUUCUUCGAGUGCCAGCAGGCCAUGAUUGAGCUAGCAGCCGACGAUCCUGAGAAAGCGGCUAUGUUAGGUGUUCGCUACCUCGAGGAUAACUAUGUCACCGAGGAACCAAUCUGCUUCGAGUGCAUCAAAAAUCACCUCAUUCAAGGCGCCUGUCUCUUCAGUGCUACUGCAACAAAGUUCGAUUGUAAAGCACACAACUCUGAAUAUCGCAAUUUCUCGGUCGUUCAUUUCCUAGCAAUAUCACGUCCUCGGGUCGAGGAGAAUGGCGAAGGAUGCCUUCAAGAAAUGCGGGCUCUACUAAACUUCGCAUAUCAUGACCCAUCUGUCGUCAAUGCAUUGGCAGAGUACAAGCCCGCCGGGCUGCAAUCAUCCUCGGAACCCGUAUCUGCAUCCCCGUUGUGGCUGGCUGCCUUCAAAGGAAAAUCCCAGAUUGUUGAACAUAUUCUGGGUCUUGAUUCCUCAGAUGCGUCGAUCGGUGCGCGUAUCCUUUGCUCCCUUCCAUGGUCGAUGAGAAAAGAUCUUGUUUCCGUGGAGGUUUCCGUGCUCUCAGUGCAAUGA